AUGACGUCAUCGUCAAACCUUGGAGCUGGUUUUGAGGCAUUUCAUGGCCGACUGAACCGCGCGUCAGGUAAUGGUUCCUGGUGUAAGGGAAAGCUUGAUAUAUCGUCAUAUCUUCAGAUUGAUCUCGGAAACAGGUUUCAGGUCAGCAUGAUAGCCGUGCAAGGAAAUCGUCUUUACGAGUGGGUAACUGUUUUGAAGAAAAAAAUAAACUGCAGCAGUUCUGAAGAAAUGAAAGGAGAGCAAAAUCUCACCGCCGCCAACGGAACGUCAGCUAGCGUAGCUUUAGCGAAUAACACAAGUGAAAACAGUUCAACUACUAUUGCACCAAACGUUACCACGAUCAACAGCACUUCAUCGAACUUCACAAGUGGAAAUAUGUCAUCUGUUAAAACAGAAAAUGUUACAUCCGUUAACAGUCAAGGAAAUGUUACUCUCAACUCGACUGGACAUAUAUGUUUUAAAAAAAGGAUAAUUCGUUCUAAAGCCUUUGUGAAAUCGUUUACUCUUCAGUACAGUGACAAUGGUGAACUUUGGAAGACUUACCACGAAGGAGGGAAUGUCAAGAUAUUUGAAGCCAAUAAUGAUGCCAAUACAACGGUAACACUUAAAAUAUCAAGUCUCUUAAUCACUCGCUACAUUCGAAUAGAGCCUACAAGUUGGAAGAAAGAGGCCUGUAUGCGUGUGGAGGUCUACGGUUGCAAAGAAUGCACAGGCGACCUGGGUGCCGGUUCAGGCGUAAUCCCUAACAAGGCUAUGACCGCCUCCACCAACUUGGGUCCAGGCUAUCAAGCCUGGCUGGCACGGUUGUAUAAUCCACACGGAGCCUGGUGCUCAGCUACGAAUGAUGGAGAUCAGUAUCUUCAGAUCCAGUUUCCACAGGUUCGCAAGGUUCGUCAACUGGGAACGCAGGGUUCUGUUGUUAAGAAAGGAUGGGUGGCAAGAUACUUGGUUAAUUACAGCCAAAAUGGAGAGGAAUGGAAAGAGUAUACGAAUCUCAAAACAGUCGAGAUAUUUGAUGGAAACGUGAAUGAACACGAAGUUGUGAUAAAAAACUUUGUACAUCCUUUUGUUGCCAAGUUUGUCCGCAUCCGACCUGUAGCGUGGCAUAAUGCUAUCUGCCUGAGGAUAGAACUCUACGGCUGCCCAGUUUCCCUCGUAGCUUGUGACAAUCCUUUAGGUAUGGAAGCACAUGAAAUUUGGGACGGAGACGUAACAGCAAAUAGCCACAGAAGUCUUUAUGAACCAUACCGAGCUCGGCUUAAUGGCGCCAGCGGAUGGCAGGUCCAAAGCGAUCGUUCUAACUCUCCCUUCAUUCAAGUAAAGUUCGGGAGUGGUGACUUCACGCUUACAGGGGUGGCGACACAAGCCGUGCAUAGCAAUCUAGUCAAGUCCUAUACCCUCUCGUACAGUUACGACGGCAUAGAUUGGGUGGAUUAUCGAGAAGAUGGAAGAGUUAAGAUCUUUGAGGGAAACAACCCCUCCACCAAGACUGUAAAGCACGAAUUACUCAGGGAGGUCAUUCCUCUGUACAUCAGAUUAAAUGUGAAGGAUUCAACGGCUACAUACGCAGGACUUAAAUUAGAACUUUAUGGCUGCAAACGUUACGUUGUUGUCAAUAACAACGAUGCUAUGGGUCGUCCAACAUCUCAAUCUGGAAAUCUGACAGACACCUCUGCGCUUGCAAUCGAUGGCAACAGAACUAAUUACGCGGCCAGUUCCUGUUCAUUUACCGGCGAAACCGAGAUACCCUGGUGGCAAGUCUAUCUGCAGUCAACGAAGACCGUAACAGGAGUAUUUAUCGUAAACCGUGGCGACAAAAACUACCGAGAGGUCACAGAACUAUCAAUUAGAGUCGGCUUUAUACAGAACAGAGGAGGAAUUGGAAACCCGACGUGUGGUGGACAGUCCCAUUUUUUCUCAAGAGGCGAAUCCAGAUUGGUUUCCUGUGUGCCGGAAGUGGAGGGCAGAUUUGUAACCAUAUUUGCCCUGCAAGUCAAUUCAUCGCUUAGCCUAUGUGAGGUGGAAGUUGAAAUAAGCGAUAUAGUCAGUCAAGAAGGUCUGGGAAUGUUCUCGGAUCGUAUCCCGGAUGAUCGCAUCACUGCCUCGUCUUGGCUCAGCGCCAAACAUCUACCACGUUAUGGGAGACUGGACAGGGACAUGGGCCACGGAGCGUGGUGUAGUGCACGGAACGACGAUCAGCCUUAUUUGGAAAUUGACGUGGAAAUCGAACACAUGAUCACUGGUAUUAUUAUCCAGGGUAAACAUCGGCUGUCCUCCGAUAAGCUCGGAUUUGCUUGGGUUACCGAGUUCUUUCUGUCUUUUACCGCCAACCGGGAAAACUGGACUUUUGUUACCGAUGUUAAGACCAGCCAACCUAUUGUGAGUAAAAUCAGCCGUACGGAAAUGUCUUAUUUAAAGCUAAUUUUGUUUCAGGAUUUACAGCCUGGCAAGGCUUUGACAGCGCGUCUGCUUUUCCCUAAUAACAGAAAAAAUAUGCCGCAAUCAGCUCAUAGUCAGCGAGCAGGCCCUCAUCAUCAACCCUGCAAGACACGCGUUUCUCCUUCCUCGGGAAGAUUUGAGUCGAAUCAGUGA